AGUCAUGUCUAUCCACGUGGCGUAGUAUAACAGGUCCAUUCUCUGGAAUCCAAUGACACUUUUUCCCGUUAUAAAACUCACAACACUCCCUUCUUUCUUUGCACCAUCACCCCCAAAAACACGAAACUAACCAAUCCCACACCCAAAAAAAUGGCGCCAAAAUCCCACACUUCAACAUUUAGCGUCGCGAUUUUUCUUCUUCUCCUAUAUUUCCUUCCAAUCUCUUGCGGCGCCAACCACGACUACCACGAUGCUCUCCGCAAAAGCAUUCUCUUCUUUGAAGGUCAGCGCUCUGGCAAACUCCCCCCCGAUCAGCGCAUUAAAUGGCGUAAAGACUCUGCUUUGCACGACGGUGCCUCCAUCGGCAGGGAUUUAACGGGAGGAUAUUACGACGCGGGAGAUAACAUAAAGUUCGGAUUUCCAAUGGCAUUUACGGCGACGUUAUUAUCAUGGAGCAUUAUAGAUUUCGGAAGGAAUAUGGGACCGGAGUUAAAGAACGCCGUUAAGGCAGUUAAAUGGGUCACGGAUUAUUUGUUAAAGGUGACGGCAGUACCUGGCGUCGUUUAUGUUCAGGUAGGUGAUGCUUACUCUGAUCAUAAUUGCUGGGAAAGGCCUGAGGACAUGGAUACACUGAGAACAGUGUAUAAGAUUGAUGCGUCCCACCCUGGAUCUGACGUGGCUGGUGAAACUGCCGCUGCAUUGGCUGCUGCGUCUAUUGUGUUUCGAUCACGUGACCCUGCUUACUCUAGAUUGCUUCUCGAUCGAGCCGUUAAGGUGUUUGAUUUUGCUGAUAGACACCGGGGAGCGUACAGUGGUAGUCUACAUUCUGCGGUGUGCCCUUUUUACUGCGACGUAAAUGGUUACCAGGACGAGUUACUUUGGGGAGCAGCAUGGUUGCACAAGGCUUCACGCAGGCGCCAUUACAGAGAAUAUAUAGUGAAAAACGAGGUGGUCUUACAUGCUGGAGAUACCAUUAAUGAAUUCGGCUGGGAUAAUAAGCAUGCUGGCAUUAACAUCCUCAUUUCCAAGGAAGUGUUAAUGGGAAAAGCAAACUAUUUUCAGUCUUUCAAGCAAAAUGCAGAUGGUUUCAUCUGUUCUAUAUUGCCUGGAAUUUCUCAUCCUCAAGUUCAAUAUUCUCCAGGUGGCUUGAUCUUCAAGGCUGGAGGGAGUAACAUGCAACAUGUAACGUCAUUGUCUUUCCUUCUUCUGGCUUAUUCUAAUUAUCUAAGCCAUGCCAAAAAGGUCGUACCAUGUGGCCAGAUUACUGCCUCUCCUGCACUCCUCAAACAAUUGGCGAAACAUCAGGUGGACUACAUUCUUGGAGAUAACCCACUGAGGAUGUCCUACAUGGUUGGAUAUGGAGAACGUUACCCUCAAAGGAUACACCACAGGGCAAGCUCUUUACCAUCAGUGCAGGCCCACCCAGCCCGUAUAGGGUGCAAGGCAGGGUCUAAAUAUUUUUUAAGUCCAAAUCCAAACCCUAAUGUGCUCGUUGGAGCUGUAGUGGGUGGACCAAAUGUCUCAGAUGCUUUUCCAGAUUCCAGGCCAUUUUUUCAAGAGUCUGAGCCCACAACUUACAUCAAUGCCCCUUUGGUGGGCCUACUAGCAUACUUUUCAGCCCAUUCAUGAUUUUUCUCGCCAUGUUAAUGUGUAAACAAGAUGAUGAUAGUGGUGUGCAAAAAUGGUCACCCUACUGCCUCCUGAGCAUUUACUGUUCAAGAUUCGAAUUGUUGCUAAUGAAGAAAAAGAAAGUUGCUUUAGCUAA